GGAGAGGGUGGAGGAAGGAGGGGACACAGGCGCUGCUCCACAUCUGACGUCAGGGUCUUGCUCCAAAGAUAAAGCUUCAUAUGAAGUACAAUGUUCGGUCGAGAAGAGCGGCGGACCUGGAGCGGUCCGGCGGCGCUGAGCACCUGAGGACGCACCUGAUCCUCCUCCGUCUCCCGCACAAACUCUGGAACAGCCGGCGGAGCGCAGAGGGAACCAUGGGCGCAGCGUGCCUAUAAACACGGAGUUUCUCUCGGGGGGAGAUAGAGGGGAAAAAUGGGAAUGGCGAGUGAGGAUCUGCUCGUGACUCUGCAGAUACUACCUGGUUUCUUUUCGAACUGUCUCUUCCUCGUCCUGUACGACUCCGUGGUGCUGGUGAAGCGCGUCGUGGCGCUGCUCAGCAGCUCCAGGUCCGGCGGCUCCGGAGAGUGGCGCCGCAUGUUGACCUCCGCGGGACUCCGCUCCAUCUGGAACAGCUUCCUCCUGGACGCAUACAAGCAGGUGAAACUUGGCUGCGAGGCACCAAACUCCAAGGUGGUGAAGGUGCCAGAUGGCCUUCGGUGUAGCAACAUCAGUAAUGUGACCAAUGUGCCAACUGGUGCCAGGAUGCGAAAUGGGGACGACUGCCGCCUUCUGGAUUUUGGCUCAUCAGAUCGCCCUCUGGUGGUCAACUUUGGCUCAGCCACCUGACCCCCCUUCAUCAGUCACCUGCCAGCUUUUCGACAGUUGGUGGAGGACUUUAGUGAUGUGGCGGACUUCCUGUUGGUGUACAUUGACGAAGCUCACCCAUCUGAUGGCUGGGUGGCCCCUCCUAUGGGCUCCCCCUCUUUCAAUGUACGGAAGCACCAGAACUUGGAGGAGAGACUUGGAGCAGCGCGCAAUCUCACUGAGCACUUCUCACUGCCACCACAGUGUCACCUGGUGGCAGACUGCAUGGACAAUAAUGCUAAUGAGGCUUACGGUGUGUCCAAUGAACGAGUGUGCAUAGUGCAACAGAGAAAGAUUGCCUACUUGGGUGGUAAGGGGCCUUUUUUUUACAAUCUGAAGGAUGUGCGGCAAUGGCUGGAACAGAGCUAUGGUAAACGGUAGGUGUAACCAAGGACAAGUACAGACGAGGAUAUUUCCCUUUUUUUGAGUUGGGAAAUAAGAUGUCAUUUGGUUUUAUCCAAGCACAAAAAGGCUUGAAUCUGCCUUUUUUUUAACUUUUGAAAUAAGGCCAACUUUUCCCACACCAGUUUGUUCAAACUGAUAUGAACGUGUUAAAACUUGUGCCACCUUGCAUUGAACUAGGGAGCGUUUGGUUGGAAGCCUCAUGAGAAGAUGCUUCAUCUGUAUUUAUGCCUGCUUUUGUUGGUUAAUCAUAUUUUACAUGAUUUUCACUGGAAGUAUAAACCAAAUAACUGAAGUAGGGAAGAACUCAAAGUUCAUAUUUUAUAAAUAUGCUUGUCAAAAGAAUAGGUUUUUAAUUAAUUGAUGGAUGUUUUAAUAUUUGAAUAUCUUUUUCGCUGUGGUCUAUGUUCUUAUGCACUAUUUCAACAUCUUAAUUGUAUGUCUAAUCUUUAUCUAACCUCCUUACUCUCUGGAUGAAUGUUAAUUCAUACAGUAUGACUUGUCCAUCUGACAGCUCUUUUUUUAUAGUGCCUAUAAAAAGUGUUUGCCCCACAGAGGUUUUUAUUUGUGCAAUACUGAAUCAUUGUUGAUUAAAUGUGCUUUUUGUGAUACAAAAAACAGAUAAAACGUGAAAAUGGAUCAAUUCAAUUUAAAGCAAGUAUUCACACUCUCUAUGUCUAGCUAUUGGUAGGUUCAGUCUCACUGGACACUGCUCAAGCUCUGUCAGUUUGUAUGGAGAUCACUUGAAAGCAGUCCUGUUUCAAGUCAAGCUACAAAGUCCCAGCUGCUUUGAGAUGUGGUUUAGCACUGCCCGCUCACAGCAAAGAGGUGCCCAGCUCCAAUGGUUUGGCCAGGGGCAUUCCUGUCAUGAUUUCCCCAAUGUCGACAUAGGUUUCGCUGGGUAUUCCGGCUUCCUCCCACAGUCUAAACACAUGCAGAAUGGAGUUAGGUUGAUAGGAGACUGAAUGGUUUGUCUCUGUAUGUUGGCCCUCAAGAGGAUUAGCAAUAUACAGGAGAUAAUAAAUAGAUGAAAGUUAUUCUCUGUGUAGGUUUGUGAACAUGCUUGGGUGUUAUUGACUGCAAGCAAAGAAAAGUUUAACUUUUCUGUAGGCUGCAUCAGGUUUUCCUCUAGACCUGAACGCUCUGGAUUUUUAAAGCAAGCAUGUGCUGGCUACUGUCCUGCCUCCUCUUCUCUUUCUACAUUUCUCAAUGAUUUGGUCCUAGAUGUGGUCUCUCUCUCUCUCUCUCUCUCUAUCUAUCUAUCUAUCUAUCUAUCUAUCUAUCUAUCUAUCUAUCUAUAUCUCUCUCUCUCUCUCUCUCUCUCUCUCUCUCUCUCUCUUCUCUCCCCAUCCUCCCCAGUGUUUGACUAACCAGAAUUUGGUUGUAGUAAGUAAGGUAAAACCCCCUGACUAUAUUCAGUUGAUUCCAUUUCUCUGAUUCUGUAGCUUCUAAAACCAGUAGGCUGCACCUCUCAUGUUUUAGUUAUGUCCUAUUAAAGAGUAUGAAUACUUGUAUGUAUGUAUUUUGGUUUUUCUUUCAUUGUAAUUAAUUCAGAUAAUUUUUUGAUGGUUUUUUCUGUGCCACCUCAGUCAGUGUCAAAAAAGUCACAUUAAACCUACUAUGAUUCAGUGUUGUGAAACAAUAAAACAAAAACCCUAUAAAGUAUUCUUCCCAGGCACACUGAAUUAGUCCACACUAAUGUUUGGUAACACCAUGUCCCGAACAUUGAAGUGAAGAAAUCCUUUUACUUUGCAUGUAAUGAUGGAAGACUUUACCUUCAUGUAUUGACUGAAUUGGAUUUAGAAGUUAACACUUUUUCUGCCUGGUUUGUUUUCUGGAAAACUCUUUUCCAGCUCAGGAAGUUUUCCUGUCUGGUCCAGCAAAGACGUGGUAGGAAGGACUGACACCAGUCAACAGGGUUUCAUUCUGCGUGUGGUUAGGUUAAGGUUGCGAGACGCUUUGGUUAAGGUGAGGGAAAGAUGAUGAUUUUGUUUAAAUAUUGAGAAAACAAUCUCCAUCAAACCGGCAUUGACCCCCAAAAAAGCUUAAUUCACAAUAAUUGAUCAGCACUGUCAGCUGCUUGUCGAUCCACCACAGACACAUGUCCAAACUCUACUUGAACCGACCCGGCACACAUAUAUUUUCCAAGCUUCACCCAAGCCAACAUGGGCCGUUCUGUAUCAUGAAACUGGUUAUCAACUGGCUCUGUUAUCGUGACAACCGAAAGUGAUAUUCAACAAGGUGAAAUGACUAGAAUAGCAUUAGAGGCUUUAGAGGCUUUAGAAAACCGAUAAAUAAAUGCAAAAAUGUAUGGUUGCAUGUCUGUAACAUAAUGUGAGUCGAAUGAUGGAGGAGAUUUAUCUUGAUAUGUGAUGCGAGAGGCUUGACCUUUAUUCACUGGAAAUAUACAGUGUGCAUACUAUUUUCCUCACAAAAGACAACAGAGGGUUUUGUUUCCAUUUGUCAUCUGUUUCCUUGCCUUGGUCUGAGCUGCUGUGAUAGAAUAAGAAAGUAAAAGCAUCAACACUGUCAGGGAAUCUGUGAGGUGUGAAAGAGUCUUUGCACAAUUAAAAUGAAGCUAUAAUCAUUAUUUCAUAGUUAUUCAAUUGGGUAAACUGUCCGUCCAUUUGUUACAAGCUCAAUUUUAAAACCACAGUGGACUCAGAAAGCCUAGAACAGCAAAACCAUUACACUGCUCUAUGAACACGUCUAAUGCUCUUUCUCACUGUCACUUUACUGGUAACUCUUUUGUCCCUGUCAGGACCCUGUAGUAAAGGUGACUGGGGGUUUUUCUGGUUUGGAUCUGACUGGACCAUAGUUGGGCUGUGAACAGGUUUUGAUCUGAGCCUCUGAAGUUGCUGCUCCACAGCAGAUUAGCAGUGCAGCACAGGUUACCAUGGUGAUUCACAGUCAAAAGCAGCUUCGUGAUACUGGAAAAUCCAGAGAUUAGAAGAGUAGCCCAGAGAGGGAUAACCUUAAUCCUGCUUUGUGAUGCAGGCCCCUAGUCCAAAAAUGACUUAAGCACAAAUAUAGACAGAAGGCAAAUUCUGGUGGUAGCUUGAUGGUUCAACAAUUGAGAGUUGAAAUGUAAAAUGAUGUUGUAGAAACUCAUCUUAAAAAUAAUUAAGUAGAAUUUCAUCACAUGGGCAAAGAUCACCUCAAUUUUGUAUUCACUUCACUGUCUGAACUUGCCUUAGAGACACACAGAUCAGGACCCCGAGCUGGUUACUAUGUUGUUAGAGACUGAGUGGACCUGUCAACACCUGUAUGAUACACUUUCAAAUGUCUUUUAUGUCUUAAAACUGAACAAACGUUUUAUGUGGUCUUCUGCACAGAUUUGAAUUAUUUGGAUUUUGAUGACAUCAAAGCGCUUCAUGUUCUUAAAUAUUGAAAUAUUCUCAACAUGUUAAGAUUGACUGUUGGAGGUCUGUUAAGUGUGCGUGGUUAUGUAUGGUUGAGAUGGGUACAGAAUGUGUGAAGCUCUGUCAGUCAGUGUGUAGCAUUGAAGCUCCAUUGGAAGCACAGAUGCUUUGUUCUGGUCUCAGAGACAAAGGUGUGCAAAUGAAAACCUUUGGCGAAAGAGUCGACGACUCAGCCUCUGGUCGGAUGUGAACUGCACCUGGUCAAUGAGACACAGAACCAUUACAUCUGCUUUCACUGUCAGUGCGCUACAGUAUAGACCUGCAUCUCUGUAAGUGAUACACACAGAACUGAAAACUUCUGUUCUUUUGGGCUUUUUUCAUUCCUGCUUAGUGCAAUGUUUUGUUUUUUCUAGAAUGUCAAAGGAGAGAAAUAAAAGGAGAGUGUUUGCUGCCAAAA